UGCUAAGGGAAUAUUAAUGUCCUCUAAUACCAACCAUUUCUCCUUGAUACGUUGUCACCACAGAUGCUGCUACAUAGCACUGGAUAAGCAAAGACUCAGCGAGUUUAACGCAACGUUUUUUUUCCAUGGAAGCAUUCCGAAGCGAGAAAUCUGGUUAGCCAUGGAUAACAUAAGCAAAAAGUCAGUGCAGUUGCUGAUAUUAGCAGGUUUACUGCUGCAGACAGUAAUUUCAUCCAAUGUCACCGCUGCACAGAAUGUGACAAACCUGAAUUCGCAAGGCUCAUCAAACAUCACGCGGGACACUGAACUCAAGGGUGGAAACAUCACUCUCCAAGCAGGAUUCAAAGAUAGGAGGCUGGCGCCGAAUGGUACGAGCGUUGAAGCAGAAUUGGUCAAUUUAAUCGAAUUCCUGUUUAACGGGACUACAGGCCGAAACGUGUACUUCUUUUACGAUUCGGCAGACGCAGUAAUAUCAGCCUCCAUAGCCAUGUGUUACCGAAGAGGGGCUGAAGUCACGGUCUUUCGAUGCCUAGACGGAGUGGACUACGUCGACAAGAUCAUCAUGAGCUUUAAUAAGUUGGAGAGUAUCCGCAACGUGUUCGUCCUGUGCUCGCCUAAAGUCACCAAGUCGCUGUUUAAUAAGAUCUACAAACUGUUUCUGGAAUCAGCUCUGACACACUGGUUUGUGAUUCUCUACGAGGAUAUACUGAAGGAGCUCUUGCCUAUUAUGAGGGAAGGUACACAGGUGACAUUUUCGAUCAACAGGGAGCCUGGCCUCUAUGACCUGAGGGAAUCUUACAUAAACAUUAAGAACAAAGCAGCAACACGUGAGCUCGGUUGGUGGUUUUGGAACGCAACUAUUGGUACAAAGAAACUGCUGAUGAGACCUUUGUAUCGGCCCGUCCUGGAAGUCUACAAGGACUUUGGAGGACGAGAACUGAUCGUGACAGUCAUCGACAACUGGCCCUUUUGGCAUCUCACUUACCCUGGGGACGGACGCGUCAUUCCCACAUCAGGACUCGACUACAACGUUCUGAAGACCAUCGGAGAUCACCUGAAUUUUACACUUCGGAUGGAAAUAACACCAGACGGCAAAUGGGGAGGCGUUAUGGCUGAUGGGAAUGUCACUGGUAUGGUGGGAGUAGUGCAUCGCCAUGAAGCCCAUGCAGCUAUUAAUGAGUUCACCAUCACAGAGCAAAGAGAAAGGGCUGUCGAUUUUACGAAGCCCUACUACUACGAAUGCACGACGCUCAUCUCUCCGGCGCCCACCAAACAGAUACGGAUGUUUGCUGUGCUUAUGUCCUUCACCCCGAAGGUAUGGACAGCAUUCCUGAUACUGAUGAUCAUCAUACCCCCGCUCGUGAUGUUGCUGGUCAGACUAAGGAGGAAGUUAUUCGGCGAAAUCAACAGGCCGUGGGAGCGACUCGCCACCGUUUACUUCAUGAUGUUCGGACACCUGAUGAUCCAAGCGACUCGGAUCCCUUCGGACAUACUGGUUUAUCGCCUCUUCUUCGUUUUCUGGUUCCUCUUCUGCUUUCUCGUAACGGCUCUGUAUUCCGAAGUCAUGAUCUCAAUGCUUGCGGUGCCCGCCUUUGAAAAACCAAUUGAUUCUCUCUAUGAUUUGCUGGAAGCCAUAGAAAAACGGCACUUUAUCACUUGCUUGGGCUGUGGGUCGAACAACGAGUUUAUUUAUAGUAAUACAGAUCAAAAGAUAUACAGAGACAUCUACGCGAGGUUCGACCAUAGCAAAGGUUGCGUCAAGAACUGGGAUGAUGGAAUGGACAAGGUGCUCUCAGGUGGAUAUGUCUUUAGCAACAACCGUUUGGGGGCCGAAGUCAGGGCCAAUCUGAGAGGUCGGAGCAAAUUCCAUUUUGCAGAGCAUGAAUUUUACGCCCACGGCUACAGCAUCGCUUGUCCAAAUGGAUCUCCCUAUAAAACAGCAUUCGAAGAGGUACUAAUUAGGGAAUUGUCACAUGGUUUAGUUCAGAAGUUCACGAAAGACGAAUUGGACAAGGCCCGCAAACCAGAAGACGUUGGGGAUAAUGGCCCCGAACCAAUAAAUAUCCAGCACCUUCAAGCAGCUUUCUUCUUGGUGGCCAUAGGAAACGCCUGUGCCUUACUCCUCUUGGUAGUUGAGAAGUUAGCCCACUGGAAAAAGUCACGUUCUACGAAAAGGUCAACUGGGAACUCUGACAAGCGCUGACUUCAUGAUAGUUGCUGUUUGAACUGUUUACAUCAGCUCUCUUACAGCUUAGGCCUAGUUGUCAGGAAAUCAGCUAUGCUAGCAGACGUAUUGCUUAUGGCCGUUAGUUGUUCACAACACCUUAUUGAUUCAAUCGCUGUGAUUACUAGCACAAUAUAAUGAUAAAAAUGUAU